AGGUCACAUUAGAGGUGACAUAUCAACAGCAGUAACGCAUUUUCCGGGAAGCUUUGUGAUGUACCUGAAAAUGUCCAAUCCCUUCCUUCCUUUCCUCCAUUGUAACACACCUCUCUUUCUCUCUCUCUCAAAUUUCAUUCUCAAUUCUGCACAUUCAACUACCAAAUUUUCAAUUAUUUCAGAACAAAUAUUCGCCAUCAAAUGCUUUGCCGUUUCUCGUAAAUGAAAUGAUCAUUCACGAGCUCACUAAUACAAAAAGAAUAAUGAUAAUAUAAUUAUUAUAGGUUUUGCUUCUUUUAUUUAGGUGAAAUUAUUGAAAAUGGAUGUAAAAGCGCAACUGAAACGAGGAAUAUCGAGGCAAUUCUCAACAGGAUCAUUGCGACUGAGCGGGAAAUUCAGUUUCAAGAGACAAAAUUCAUUGGAUCCAAAGAGCAAGAACAUGAGGUUCAGUUUCGGGAGGCAAUCGUCACUUGAUCCAAUACGGAGGAUUCCAUCGUUAGAAAAUGAGACUACUAAUGCAGUGCCGGAGAAUUUGGAUUCGACGAUGCAACUGUUGUUUUUGGCGUGUAAAGGAGACGUGAAAGGCGUGAAGGAUUUGUUAGAUGAAGAUGAUGUUGAUGUGAAUAGCAUUGAUUUAGAUGGAAGGACUGCUCUGCAUAUUGCUGCGUGUGAAGGACAUGUAGAAGUUGUGAAGCUUUUGUUGAGUCGGAAGGCUAAUCUUGAUGCCCGUGAUCGUUGGGGAAGCACGGCUGCAGCUGAUGCGAAAUACUAUGGAAAUGUUGAAGUUUACAAUAUCUUAAAAGCCCGGGGGGCCAAAAUCCCGAAAACCAGAAACACACCAAUGACUGUAGCAAAUCCUCGAGAAGUUCCAGAAUAUGAACUCAAUCCACUUGAGCUUCAAAUCCGGAAAAGGGAUGGAAUCUCGAAGGGUUCAUAUCAAGUUGCUAAAUGGAAUGGGACAAAAGUUUCUGUCAAGAUACUUGACAAGGAUAGCUAUUCAGACCCCGAAACCAUAAAUGCUUUCAAACAUGAAUUAACUUUGCUGGAAAAAGUACGGCAUCCUAAUGUGGUUCAGUUUGUUGGAGCCGUUACACAAAAUAUUCCAAUGAUGAUAGUAUUAGAGUACCAUCCAAGUGGUGAUUUGGGUAGCUAUCUUCAGAAGAAGGGACGUCUUUCUGCUUCUAAGGUUCUAAGAUUUGCACUUGAUAUUGCUAGGGGCAUGAAUUAUCUUCAUGAAUGUAAACCAGACCCAAUUAUCCAUUGUCUUUUAAUGCCAAAAAAUAUUUUGCUGGACAAUGGAGGUCUAUUGAAAGUUGCAGGAUUUGGUUUGAUAAGAUUGUCAAACAUUUCACCUGACAAAGCAAAGUUGGCGCAGCCUCAAGGCAUUGACCGUGCAAGUAAAUAUUUAAAUUUGAGAACUAAUGCUGUAUUUUGUCCCGGGCCCGGGCCUUAGUGGGCCUAACGGGCCGG